UUUGCCUUUUUCAAAUAAAAAAUAAGAAUACUAAAAUGAUUUUCCGCCGGUUCUCUGAAGCUGUCGAGUGUUUUUCUCUCUCUUCAUUUUAAUGAAACCCUCGAAUUUUUAAUUUGCUCCUCCCGAUUGAAUUCUCCCCCAAAUCAUCGAAUUUUGAAAUGUCUGUGGCAUCAAAUUCUCAGGAAAUAAACUAGGAUCUUCAUGAAUUAUGAUGGUGAGAAGGAUUGGUCUAUUAAUGUGAAAUUUGAUUGGAAAAACUUAUUGGUUUGGUGAUGUCAGGUGUAAUUUCAUCCUGAGUGGAUAUUCUUCACCAUGCAGUUGGUAUUGAACAAUAGACGGGAGGGGGAUACUUCAGAAACAGAGCCCAUUCUGCGUCAGAGUGACAUUGAUCACGAAUCACAGGAACCGUCAUCUGAAAUUGGACCCUUAAGGGGUGAAAUCUCCGAGUCAAAUAAUGAUCGUCAAAUUCUUGAUGCUGAUGAAGAUUGUUGCCUAAUUAAUGUAGACCUACCACAGUGUCGAAUAUGUCUUGAUAUUGAAGGUGAAGAUCUUAUAGCCCCUUGUUACUGCCGAGGCACGCAGAAAUAUGUGCAUCGCUCUUGUCUUGAUAAUUGGAGAUCAACUAAGGAGGGAUUUUCUUUUGCCCACUGUACAGAAUGCAGGGCACUAUUCGUAUUACGCGCAAAUAUGCCACCAGAUCGGUGGUGGUUGAGGUUGAAGUUUCAGUUCCUUGUCGUCAGGGACCAUGCGCUUAUAUUUAUUAUUGUUCAGCUGGUUGUAGCAUUACUGGGUAUGCUGGUAUACAAAUUCUAUGGAGAAGAACUGAGGGAAAUGUUUGGUUAUGAGGAACACCCUUAUGGAUUUUAUACCAUGGCAGUUUUAGCUAUUCUUUUGGUGGGAUUGCUCUAUGGGUUCUUUAUAGCAAUCAUCUGUGGACAGAGGAUCAGUGAACGCCAUUACCAUGUUCUUGCGAAGCAAGAGCUAACAAAGGAAUAUGUGGUAGAAAACCGGGAAGGAAACAAGACUCCUCCUGAGCUUGAUCCGAGCCAUAUUGCUGAGCUAAGAAUGCUGGGCCUGUUUUGAAAUUGGCUUCUGUGGACUGUGAUUGUAGAUCCUAUAUCAGUAUGCGUGUUGUUUCAGUUGUUGGUAUGCUUGGUGGUGUUUAUCCUGCACAUUGGAACUGGGCCAGGCUCGAAACACAUUUAGUAUCAAGUGUAGAGUGUAUAUUCCGAUUCGAAUAGUGAGUAUGAAGUGACCUUAUAAGUAUGUAUCUUGGUUUGUGAUUAUUUUUGCCAUAUUUGUAGAAUGAUGAAAUCAAAUAGAGAAUACACAAGUUUUUGCGUUCUGUAUCCUUAAAACAAAAAUUUCUCUAUUGUAUACUUCCUAUGCUGUUUCUCUGAUUCAGUUGGAUUAAGCAUAUACGGGUGUUUCGAAGAGCA